UCACGUGUUGUUAACCUCAAAACCAGUCCCACGUUUGCCAUCAGGAUUUAAAAAAUGGUUCGUAAGAAGAUUGACAACAGAAUUCGUGUUUUAAUCGAGAAUGGAGUUGCUGAGGGCCAUCGUACAUUUUUCACGGUUAUCGGUGAAAAGGCGAGAGAUCAGGUUGUUCUCCUGCAUCACAUGCUUUCAAAAACCGUAGUGAAAGCCCGUCCCUCGAUCCUCUGGUGCUACAAGAAGGACUUGGGGUUCAGCAGUCAUCGCCAGAAGCGCCAGAAGAAAAUCGAGAAAAAAGUGAAAUCCGGAAAAGUGGAUAUAAACGAGGAUGACCCCUUCGAACUGUUCGUGGCCUCUGCAAAAAUCCGUUAUUGCUACUACAACGAGACCCACAAGAUCCUGGGUAACACCUUCGGCAUGUGCAUUCUUCAGGACUUCGAGGCCCUCACUCCGAAUCUUCUGGCUCGAACCAUCGAGACUGUCGAGGGUGGAGGAAUUAUUGUAUUACUCCUGCAAUCAGUGAAUUCCCUCAAACAACUCUACACAAUGAGUAUGGACGUGCACCAGAGGUACCGUACCGAGGCCCACCAGGACGUCGUCUGCAGAUUCAACGAGCGCUUCCUCCUGUCCUUGGCGUCCUGCAAUCGUUGCCUAGUGGUAGACGAUCAGCUGAGAGUUCUCCCUAUCUCCUCGAAGAAUUUAAAAAUCGAGGCAGUCCCCAGGGUGCCCUCCACCGAGGAAGACUUGGAAUUAAAUGCCCUUAAGGAGAGUUUUCAGGACACCCAGCCAGUGUCCUCCCUCAUAAACUGCUGCAAAACCGUGGACCAGGGGAAGGCACUCCUGAAGUUUAUCGAGAGCAUCUCCGAAAAGACCCUGCGCUCCACAGUCUCCCUGACGGCAGCUAGGGGUCGAGGAAAAUCAGCCACAUUGGGUCUGGCAAUUGCAGGAGCUGUUGCCUUCGGCUACUCCAACAUCUACAUCUCCAGCCCCAGUCCUGAGAAUCUCAACACUCUUUUUGAGUUUAUUGUCAAGGGCUUCGAGGCUCUGGCCUACGAGGAUCGACACGACUAUGAUCUCAUCCAAUCGACAAAUCCGGAGUUCAAUAAAGCCACAAUCAGGAUUGACGUCCACAGAGACCAUCGUCAGACGAUUCAGUAUAUUCAUCCCACAGAUGCUCAUAAGCUCAGUCAAGCUGAGCUCCUGGUUAUCGAUGAAGCCGCGGCCAUUCCCCUGUCGUACGUCAGGGCAAUGCUAGGGCCUUACCUAGUGUUCCUGGCUUCGACGAUUAACGGAUACGAGGGCACAGGUAGGUCCCUAUCCCUGAAACUCCUACAGCAGUUGAGAAGUUCAACAGCUGCUCCCAACUCUCAUGACAAGAAAAAUGAAAAAUUCCUGGGACGACAGCUGUAUGAAUUGACACUCGACGAGUCGAUUCGUUACAAACCUGGGGACAACGUCGAGGAGUGGCUGACGAAUCUUCUGUGUCUCGACGCUGUAACUCAUGCCCCGGUUCUGUCAGGCUGUCCACCUCCAGAUGUCUGUCAACUGUAUUAUAUCAAUCGAGAUACUUUAUUCUCGUAUCACAAGGCCUCAGAGUUAUUUCUGCAGAGGCUAGUGGCUUUGUACGUAGCGUCUCAUUACAAGAAUAGCCCCAACGACCUGCAGAUGAUGUCAGACGCACCUGCGCAUCAUUUAUUCUGCCUCUUGGGGCCUGUGGAUCCUAAUAGAAAAAGUCUUCCUGAGAUUCUUGUGGUGAUUCAGGUGUGUCUCGAGGGUGAAAUCAGCAAGACAACGAUUUCUGAAGGUCUGGGUAGGGGGAAACGAGCGUCUGGCGAUCUCAUCCCGUGGACGAUUGCCCAGCAGUACCAGGAUAACGAUUUCCCCAGACUCGCUGGAGCAAGAAUCGUCAGAAUAGCCACUCAUCCCGAUUAUCACAGCAUGGGAUAUGGCCGGAGGGCCCUAGAUCUUCUGAAGCAAUAUUACGAGAUGAAAAUACCGAAUAUCGAGGAGGUCGAGGAUAACGAGAUUACGAGGGUCGAGGAGGAGCAAGUGGAUCUCCUCGAGGAGAGGAUUGAACCCAGAGCUUCACUCCCUCCAUUGCUCCUUAAUUUAAAUGAGAGGAGGCCUGAGAGACUGGAUUACCUCGGCGUGUCCUUUGGACUCACUGAGAGGCUCUUAAAAUUCUGGAAGCGUUCAGGGUUCGUUCCUGUUUACCUCAGGCAAACUACCAAUGACAUCACUGGAGAACACUCUUGCAUUAUGAUCAGUAAAAUAAAUUCUGAAGAGGGUCAGGACUUCGAAUGGCUCGAGGCGUUCUGGAAGGACUUCAGGAGAAGAUUCAUCAGUCUAUUGUCCUAUGGGUUUUCCUCGUAUUCUCCUGCUCUCGCUCUCGGGCUCCUGAGUAAUAAAUCCUUCCAGGGGGAGACCACCAUAAUCAAGAAGGACAUGCUGGACGUUUAUUUCACGCCUUAUGACCUGAAGAGGCUGGAAGGAUACUCCAAAAAUAUGGUGGACUAUCAUUUAAUUAUGGAUCUGCUGCCAGCUUUAUCUAGACUUUAUUUCCUGGGUCUUAUGGGUGAUACUAAAUUGUCAGCUGUCCAGGAGGCAAUUCUCCUGGGCGUUGGUCUCCAGCAGAAAACUAUAGAUAAAUUGGCAGAGGAGCUGGGCCUACCGUCAUCUCAGCUUCUUGGAUUAUUUAAUAGAAUCAUCAGGAGGUGCAUGCAGUACUUGAAUGGAGUGGCUGAGGAGUUCGUGGAGAAAACGAUGAUUGUUAGGGAGCAAAGGGAUGACGUGAAAGUUGAUGCUCAGGUGGGGAAGAGUCUCCAGGUGGAGUUGGAUCAGGCUGCCAAGGAGCUCAAGCACAAGCAGAUGGUGGAGCUCGAGAGGCUCAAGAAGGAGAAUUUUGAACAGUAUGCUAUUAAAGGGAGUGAAGAGGAGUGGAGUAAUGUGUUAAAGGCAAAGGGUAGCAAGAGUUUGAUUUCAGUUAAAAGUGGGGAGAAAAGGGCCUCUGAUAUCUCGGAAGGAAAUUUUCAGGAGCGCGAGGGAAAAAAAAAGAAGAAGAAACGCUUCUCAAAGUGAUUAGGAUGUAGAUUUUUUUUUUUUGAUUAUCAGGUUGAGAGUGGAGAAUGAUUUUGUAUAAUAAAGGCAGUUUAUUUUA